GUUCGAUAGCGGACGCCGAGGCGUUCGGGCCGUCCAAAACGUUCAUCACAGUCACUGUUCGAUCAUCUUAGCUUUUUCACACGCAUUUUAUUCAUCCCGUUACAAAAGACACUCGCUUCCGUAACGCUACGAAGUAUCUUCGUUUGUUCGGUUAGUCGCGAUAUGCGUAUUUUUAAAAUAUUUUCUAAAGCGCGCAUCCCCUUCUGGUACAUACGCAAGCAAAAAAAUAGACAAAUUUGCUACUGCUCUUCUUUGUUGCGGAAAGAGAAAAGCGGAGAUGGUAAAGGAAGACAAAUACGGAGACAAAUAGAUACGGGUCAAUAGGCUAACGAUUUUAAAGGAGGAAAGCGGACGAGCGCGAUACGAAGGGAACGGUAAACAGGGUUGCAGGCCCAUGGCCGGGAAUUCUUUCUACCGGCUUUGGUCAUGGAUCUCGAUCAUGAUCCUGUCCGGGUGCUUACUUUCUUCGUGUAACGAGCAAGGCCCAUGCGUUUCUCACUUGUCGGACGUGGACAAUUAUAAUCAAACCGAAGCGGAUGUGAUGAUUUUUUUAAGAGAAUACUGCGACGACGAAACGAAUACCACGGACAUUCAAGAUUACUUCGACCGAUUCAAUUUCGGAGUGCAGAUCACAGUUAUACCGCUGUCACUAUCGUGCGAAACGGAAACUUGGGGCCUCGAUACCCUGUUACGCGUACUGGGGCAAAAAAAAACGAAAGCUCUCAUAGCUGCUCUCGAUUCACCGAUGUGCGAGGUCACGAUGAAGCUCGCGCAUCUCUGGAACAUGCCGCUGUUCACAUGGACUUGUCCUCUGAAAGAUUUAGAGGAAAUACAACUUUCGUCGAUCGUCAGGCUGACCCCGUCCCUGCCAGCGAUCGCGAAGGCCUUCGCGGAAAUGCUGAUGCACCUGCAGUGGAAAACCGUAGCGGUGAUCGGAACAGACCGCGAGCCAUGGGUGAGCCUCGAAAGAGCGUUGUUAAAUUCUUUACAAAGCGUCGGGGCCGUGGUACGACGCCGCGCGAUACUACCGUACCGAGCCACCUUCGAACAAAUUCGAACGAUCCUACGCAGCAUGUACAACGUUUCACGGAGAGUUACGGUACUCUGUCUACCGACGUCCAAUGAUGACGGCUUAAUGACCCGUGUCCUCUCCGAAUUGGAUGCCGUACAGCAAUCCCCUAAUUCUGCGUGGAACUCAAUGACCGUGAUCGUUCAUACGGUGGACGACGAUCUGUUUCUGCCGAACGGGAACGUCACGACCCCUCGGGUGGAUUCAGCGACCACCGUUUCAUUUACGACUAUAUCGUCGUCGAAUUUCACGAAUGCAUCCAAUGAAAUAUCGUUCGACGACUACAUAAACGUUAGGGGGAAUGAUGAAGAAGAAGAAGAAGAAGAAGAAGAUGAACAGAAAUUGGGGCAGUUACAAGAUAAAUCAAAGAUGAAUAAUCGCUAUUUGCCGCCGAACAAUUUGAGCUCGGCGUUCUUGGAAAGAUUACUGACGAUAACACCUCUCGAUUACAAAUAUGAUGUAGAGAAAGUAUUCGAAGGUAUAGAGCGGUACAUAGUACCAACGCUGAUGGACCGUUUGAACGAAACUCUUAAUAUCUUAAUGAACGACAAUUCCAGCAUAAAUGCGGUCAAUAACAAAAUUUAUACAUACGUUUUACUGGACUGGCGUGUUAAUGUUUGGAAACCUAUUAUGAUCACUAUGGAGGAGCAUAGAAAAUUGUUGGUUCGAAAGUUAACUCCGAAUGCUAUUGCGUUCCACGACGCAAACGAGACGGACCUUCCGAAAUGCAACAAAGACGUGAACGGAAAUGACAUUAUUGAUUGCAUAGAAAGUACUGUCGAUGAAUCACCUUCUGGUAUUGCCCACAUCGUAGCUGUUAUUCUGGGCUCGUUCUUGCUGACUGUGAUGACAAUAUUAAUGGCAAUCUUGAUCAGGAAAAGGCUGCUUAAAAAGAGAAUGUCAAAAGGUCCGUACAAAAUCAUUUUAACUACGUCGGACUUCGUGUUUCCUCAAGUGCCUCAAGCGAAUUCUAGGAGGGUAGACGAGGGUAUCGAGACUAUGUUAUGCUGUUGGUUGCAACAGUUGCAAGAGUUCGGUGGACCCGAGGUUGAAAAGCCGGACUUGCUUCAAUUGGGAAGUGUGUCGUCUCUGAAACCGUGCUUACGUGCGAGCACAGGAAAUCUGGCGCGUCCUAACUUCUUCAAAGAUCCACGCGCACGAUAUAACGGUGACUUGGUCCAGUUGAAAGAAUUGCCAACUCAAAGUACGUUCGAGCUAAGAAACAAAGCUAUGGAUGUACUAGUCAUGAUUCAUGGACUGCGUCACGAAAAUCUAAACCCUUUGAUAGGAUACUUAAACGAACCGACUAGACGGUGCCUUGUAUAUGAAUACUGUUCGAGAGGAUCGUUGGAGGAUGUACUAGUACAUGACGAGAUCAAGCUCGACUGGUCCUUUAGAUUAUCAUUCCUCACAGACCUUGUACGGGGCAUGAGGUAUCUUCAUGGUUCACCGCUGCGAGUACACGGCUUCCUUAAUUCACGAAACUGUAUCAUUGAUGCUCGCUGGGUCCUCAAGGUAACCGAUUACGGACUGCCCGCUUUUUACGAAGCGCAAAAUAUUGUUCCUCCAAUAAAAACCGCCAGAGAACUUUUAUGGACGGCGCCCGAACUGCUGAGGCAACCAAACUUACGGAAAAAGGGCACGCAAGCAGGAGACGUUUAUAGCUUUGGCAUCAUCAUGCAGGAAGUGGUAGUACGCGGCGAACCAUUCUGCAUGCUUGCUUUGUCGCCAGAAGAUAUUAUUGAAAAGGUAAUGAAACCACCGCCGUUAAUUAGACCGUCUGUUAGCAAAGGUGCCGCGCCACCCGAAGCAAUAGACAUUAUGCGUCAAUGCUGGGCGGAAGCGCCGGACAUGAGGCCAGAUUUCGACGAUGUUCACGAUUUAUUUAAAAAACUCAAUCACGGAAGGAAAGUAAACAUCGUCGAUACGAUGUUUCAAAUGUUGGAGAAGUACUCGAAUAAUUUGGAAGAACUGAUACGCGAGCGCACAGAGCAAUUGGACAUGGAAAAGAAGAAAACGGAACAAUUAUUGAAUCGGAUGUUACCCAGUUCUGUCGCUGAUAAAUUGAAACUGGGCAUGCCCGUCGACCCUGAAGAGUUUCGUGAAGUGACGAUCUAUUUCUCGGACAUAGUCGGUUUCACGACCAUCUCCGCGCACUCGACUCCGUUUCAAGUAGUAGAUCUUUUGAACGAUUUGUACACUUGUUUCGACGCCACGAUCAACGCGUACACCGUUUAUAAGGUAGAAACGAUAGGAGACGCAUACAUGGUCGUAGGUGGUUGCCCAGUAAGAAUACCUGACCACGCGUCUCAAAUCGCGACUAUGGCUCUGGAUCUGUUACACCAGAGUGGAAAGUUUAAAUUGAAACAUUUGCCAAAAACUCAGUUGAGGCUUCGGAUUGGCCUGCACACCGGACCUUGUUGCGCCGGUGUCGUUGGUUUAACGAUGCCAAGGUACUGCUUAUUCGGUGAUACCGUUAAUACCGCGUCGAGAAUGGAGUCUACCGGUGCACCGUGGCGCAUACAUCUUAGCCAAGUAACGAAAGAUCGACUGACCGAGGUGGGUGGAUAUGAGAUCGAAUACCGCGGAUCGACGGAAGUUAAAGGCAAGGGGAAGAUGCCUACGUAUUGGUUACUAGGGAAGCAAGGUUUCGAUAAGAAGCUCCCGAUGCCACCAGCUAUCGGGGAGAGCCACGGGUUGAACGAGAGCCUGAUAUUGGAGAAUUUCACCAUCAGCAAAGAAGACGACGAUGUGCCUUCGACUGUGGAGGUACCCUGCGGAGAGACGAAGGAGCAGGACGAGAAAGGUCGCAAUGUUAAUGUCGAGAGUGCCAAAGAGAAACCGGAUACGUGUACGGUGGCAGUAUCCGUGCAUGAUGAACAAGUGGUCGAACCUACCUCCUCGAGACCGACGACAAAUGUUCUAGAAGUCUUAGCGACGAAGGAGAAGCCGAAUGAAAAGGAGAAUGAAGAUACAAGUUCAACUGGUGUGACGAAAGGUCCUUCCGCUGAUGCGCAAUCUUUAGCAACGUCCAGCAUAUUUGACGCAUCGAUGCUUGGCGCGUCUACCAGUUCGCUUACAUCGAUCUCAAGCUCGACCACGGGUCCCUACAGACCGGGCCCCUCGAGGCAUCGGAGGAUACCCGGUUACAUCGAUGAGAACGAUUUGAGCACGCCGUACAAUUUCUACAGAUGUCUUUCACCAAACGAACAUCACGGCAGAGGCAGUGGUUCACGUUUCUUGAGGAGGCAGUUCAGUUUGGAUCGUCCAGACGAAGUACCGUGCGUCAGUUUCAUCGAGCCCAGCAACUACCAACAGCCGCAGCCUCAAAGCUUGAAUCCGACGCAAAGACUUUUUAAACAAAACAGCGCGGGGGCGGCUAACGAUUUGGAACGCAUCGAAGAGGUCCCGACUACUCCGGCCCCUACGCUUCAACAUUAUAGACAGGCGGUGUCCGUUUCCCUUUCCGUGGAAUCUUUGACUCUUCGUUGAAAACAUUGACUCCGUGUUUAAUACCGGUCGACGAGCAAUUGUGAUUAAGAAGUUGGAAAAAUAAAAGUGAGACAAUCGUCAAGUAUCCGUGGACAUAGGGAUAAACGGAAGUAGAAGAUAUUCGUGGAUCCACGUGUGCAGGUACUUAAAAUCUUACUCUAUUUAUCUACUUGCUACUGUUUUUUUAUCUAUUUUGUGACGUCGUGAAACGAACCGAUGAUCGAACAUUGUUGAUCGCGGUGUACACGGUGUACAUAAGAAAAAUAUCGUCUUAAGAAUGGGGAAAAGUUUACACGAUUAUCGCGGAUGACAAUCUCUGUUACAUAAAAAGAUGUUCGUGAAUCUAUUAAUUAAAUACGUAUACUGUUCUCGUUUUCCAACUCUUUUUUAUCGAUACGUAAAUGUUCUCUACGAAAUAUGACAACUCGUACGUUUGUCUUUCGAUGUGUAUUCCUUAAUCUGUCGUCGUACAUAGGAAGGAACGUAAAAUGUCGAUUAUAUGUAUAUAUGUAUGUAUUGAAACAAAAAUCAAACGUUGACCUCGUGCAUGAAAUGCGCAACGUGUAUAUACUUACUCUUGAAACGAUCGUUGCAUCGCCUUGAGAUUGUUUCACCUUGUUAAGGUAUAUCAUAUCAUGAAAAGUUAAAAGAGAAGAAAUUAUUAAUUACAUUCGCGGAUGUUCGAAAAUCCUGUUCCAAAUGUAAACGCAAGUACAGUGAAGAAUUAAUGAGAACUGUUAAACGUGUACUUCUCGCGCUACAUGCAGCGUAACCGUUUUCAAAUCGUCGACAAUAAUUCGAAAAUUUACUACCAAUUAAACAUAGAAAUGUAGACACCGUUUUCUUUCCUAGCAUUCCCGUACAAUUACGGUAAAGAUCAAUUACGUGAAUUUUCACGAUUAUAAUAUUACAUCUCGACGUUUAAUGAUAAGAGGAUUAAUAAAUUGAAGUGUUUUAACUUCUGGACGAUUGGGAUCGCAUAGAUCAGGGAUGACGAAUUUCUCCGUCGGUAGCCACAGUUACCCCACCGUGUUAUCGAAAGCAGCCUUAUCCUCUCGAACAUAACGGACUACCUAACAUUCGUAUGUCUUGGGCUCCCGCCCUUAUCUUUCUGUCUCGAAUUGAUUGCUCGGAUCCCCGAUACAUUCGGCAGCCCGCGUACAAACACCCAUUCUCCUAGAUGAUAUUCGCGCCUGAUUAGCCGAAUACGUUUAUACGUUGUCGUGUCUGACGUACUGCUAUUCGACCAUUUCGACCGAGUAUCGAAGAAAUGGGCGAGAUAAGCUUCCCUUGCCGCUGUUCCGUAACAAAUAAAAUCUCCUAAGCUCUCAUACGUCACCAUAGAGAUAAGAAGUGAAGUUCCAAUCUCUGAGACACGAUGGUGGUACGGUGCCCCACUCUAUCAUUUAUGGUAAACAGGCAUUAUAGAAGGAGGAGCCAAGGCCGGAGAAAAGAAUAGGCAGUUCGUGAUCUUCGGCGCAGAUAGUAAUUCAAUAAUGGAACUGAUCGCACUGUGAACGAAAUUUUGCACGCUCAAUAUGUAGAUAUGAGAUAGAAAGAAUGAAUCGAAUAGUCAACAGAAGAGAAUGAAGAGUUUUGCGACCUAAUAUAAAGGCGAUCGUCUGGGAGUUAUGAUGCGAACUUUAAAUUAUUACUCGUCCGUACACGCGCGCGCGGAUGCACGCGUGCAAUUAAGGGGUAACUGUUUCGUGUGAUUACGCAAUAAUCUGUGUGUUAGAUGUAUGUUACUUUAGAUAUGUAUGUUUUAAAUUGUAUAAAUCUGUGUAAAUAAUUCAUAAUAAUACGUGUAUAGGUGAACGAUUUAUAAUGUGAGGAAAGAAUUAAUAGUUAAACGGAGCACGAACUCAAAUACAAGACGAUCUUCUGUAUUGCUAAGCUGUUUUCCUAAACGUCCAGUUUUUGGUCGGAAGUAAAGUUUUAUCGAUUAAAUAUAACAAUCCAAGUUCCUCUUUUUUUUCCUGUCAAUGAAACAACUCAAAGAAAGAAAGAUACGUUGCUAACUAUUCUUCUGGGCAAUAAGGCAGUAUAAACAUGUUUACUUGAAUUACUUGACAAGGUUGAAUGUAUUAUAAAAUAUCACUUUAUUCUAUUGUACAAUGUGUCUUGAGCGUAUGACAAAAUACAUAUACUAUACAUGCAUGUAUGUAUAUGAGAAUAAAAAGAUACGAUAUUUCAG